UGUGCCACAAAUUAGAAGGAUAUAGAUUUGUAUACUUCAGCUUUAAUUUACACUAAUCUUUGUUUUUUUAAAUACAAAUUGUUUAAAUUACUAUAUAUGGCUACCGAAAAAGUGAGCAUUCUGCUAUAAAUCUACAUGAGUUUGGAUUUAGAAGAAGCUAACGAGACACAGCAACUGAUGCAGAAUGAAGGAGAGGAAGAGGAACAGAAGGCUUCACACUCGCAGUCAGCAACCUCGCCUGUUACCAGUAAUAAGAUGUCCAGCGGGGCAGGCAGUCUUUCCUCGCGAAAUCUCCAAGUGGUCACGAGCACUGGCAACGUGAGCGGGAAUGAUUCGACCAAAGUAUCGUACGUCAAUGAAAGGAGACUACAUCGAGACUUGAUGCGUACUAACUAUAACAAUAGACCGAAAAAUAUUCCCAAAGAGACGACAGACGUUAAGCACAUGGAGAAAGCACUUCUGGAAUUACUUGAUGAUUUCCAUACAGGGAAACUCAGUGCAUUUGGAUCAGAAUGUAGUGUUGAGCAAAUGAUUAAUAUUAGGGAUCAACAAGAGCAUUUAGCUCGAUUACAUUUUCGGUUAUAUGCUGAUGUGGAGAAACCAACAGAUGAUAGUUUUGAUAGCUCUGAUUCUAAAGAUAAAAUGGCACAACUUGUACAAAGUCUAGAGCAGCUCUCUACAUCUAUAGAACAUUUGCAUUCUGACAAAACAUUAGGCAGUAGUAAUGGUAACAACAGUAAUAAAUAAAUUUGGUUAAUUGUGUAAAUGUGGUCUAAUUUUUAUUAUUAUGUAUAAAAGUAAAUAUUGAAAUAGGCAAAGUAUAUUACCUAAAGUUCAGGGAAGUAAACUAAAAUAAAGUAAAAUAAACACCUUCCUAGAAUUAUACACUCCUGGACACAUAAUUCGAGCCAUCUUGUACUGUUUAUUUUAAAAGGCUAGCAUGCUAUAAAAAUAUUGUCAUCAUUAAAGAAUAACUUCCCAGGUUUUAUAAAAUCCAAUUUUCAACAAGGACAUGUGGAAAUGGUGUUUAGUAUAGUAUUGUUCAGUCAAACAUUGUUUAGGUGUAAGGCAUUUAACAGUGAACAUGUAACGUGCCUCGACUUAUGUAUCCAAGAGUAUAUUUGUAUCGUAUUUUGUUCUUUAUUUAUGAAGGUUAACUAGCAAUUAAUCUACUAUGGUAUUGUAUUUAGUUAAAUUUUGUAAUUGUAUAAUUGUAUAUAAAAAAUUAUUUACCUUUUAAUCACUUCAGUAUUUUAAAGGGAGACAUUAUCGGGCUCUAUAUAUAUUACUUGGACUUUAGGUAAUUAUAUUCUGAACUUUAAUAAUAAC